AUGGAAAGGUUCGAAAUUCCCCCGUUCACAUUCAAGACGCUGCCGGCGAACGAAGUUCGUGACCAAUGGGUCCGCUGGAAGCGAAAUUUCCAGUAUGCAGUUUUUGCCAGUGGAGAAACGAACAAAACAAAACUGAAGUACAUUCUUCUGGCACGGGCCGGUCCUGACCUUCAGGAUGUUUUCCAAACAAUCCCCGGAGCCGACGUGGAAGCGGACGAUACGAAUGGAGUGGAUCCGUACAAAGUUGCCGUUGAAAAGCUCGACGCUUACUUUGCUCCAAAGCACCACGAAUCGAUGGAGCGGAAUAUCUUCUGGACGAUGAAACCAGACCAAGGAGAGUCCAUCGAAAAGUUCCUGUUCAGAGCUCAAGAGCAAGCCAACAAAUGCAACUUUGGCAAGACACAGCAAGAAUGCCGCGAAAUAUGCGUGAUUGACAAGAUCACAUUGUUUGCCCCGCCGGACUUGAAGGAGAAGAUACUUCAAACGGACAAGAACAGCCUGGAUGAUGUCCUCAAGAUUGUCUCAACGCACGAAUCCGUGAAGUAUCAGGCCAGCCAGAUGGUAGCAGCAGGACCGUCCGGUAGUCGUCAACCAUGCCUGGUCCCGGUGGAAGUGAACCGAAUGCACACACAUCCACCAAAGAACCACGCUGUUGAGUGUUCAAGGUGCGGCAAACGCGGGCACUUGGGAAAUGACCCAAGUUGUCCAGCGCUCAACAUCCAGUGUAACCGUUGCCAGAGAAUUGGACACUACGAGCAAAAAUGUCGAACAGUCAUGGCGAAGGGCGCAGUGAGCCGAGCUACGAACUCAACCCCAAAACCAAAGCGCAGUUUUCAACGAGUACGACCAGUAGAUGAUGAGAACAUCGUUGACGAGGGGGGAGACAAAAGUUUCAUAUUCUCCAUCGGAGAUGGUGACGAAUUUCUGUGGAUCAAGAUUGGAGGCAUCAUGACGCAAGUGCUGAUUGAUUCUGGAAGCAACAAGAACAUAAUUGACGAUACGACUUGGAAGCGUAUGAAGGUACAAGGAAUCGAAAUUCGAAAUGCUACCAAGCAGGUCGACAAGCAGUUCAGGGGAUAUGGCAAAGACGCACAACCACUCAGCGUCAUUGGAAUGUUUGAUUCUACAGUCGAAAUCCAGAAUGAGAAUCAACAGAUGCAGGCUGAAGCACGAUUCUACGUCGUCGCAAAUGGAAACCAGCCGCUGCUCGGGAAGGAAACCGCCCAGGAGCUCAACGUACUAAGGCUUGGGCUGCCGGGUCAAGAUGACCGGACCUGGAUGAUUGAGAACAAUAGCCCGUUCCCCAAACUGAAGGGAAUUAAGCUCCGCAUUUCGGUUGAUGGCUCGGUAACUCCCGUCGCUCAGCCAGCAAGACGACCACCCCUUGCUCUGCUGAGUCGCAUUGAGGAGAAGCUGAACCAACUGGAAUCUACGGACAUAAUCGAGAAGGUAGAGCAGUACAGCGACUGGGUUUCACCCUUGGUGGUGGUGGUUAAAGAUAAUGGCGACUUGAGACUGUGUGUUGAUAUGCGCCAGGCGAACCGUGCGAUCAAGCGGGAACACUUUGUCAUGCCGACAGUUGACGAUAUCUUGCCUCGGAUGAACGCAGCAAAUUUUUUCACCCGGCUGGACGUCAAGGACGCGUUCCACCAGAUUGAGCUGGAGGAAACGUCACGCUCGAUUACUACCUUUAUUACGCACCGCGGCAUGUACCGAUACAAACGACUAAUGUUCGGGAUCAGCUGUGCCCCGGAACAAUACCAGAAAAUCAUGGGACAGCUACUGGCGGGGUGCGACAACUGUGUGCAUUACAUCGAUGACAUCAUUGUGUUUGGACGCACAGAAGAAGAACACGAUCGUUGUGUGGAAAAGGUGCUAACCGUACUAAAGAGCCGUAACGUUCUGCUGAAUCUCAAGAAAUGUUUGUUCAAAGUGACUGAGCUCGAUUUCCUUGGUCAUCACAUUUCGGACAAAGGCAUACGACCAGCUGACGAUAAGGUGCGAGCGAUUCGAGCCUUCAGAUCUCCGCGAAAUGUCGAAGAACUUAGGAGUUUCCUGGGACUAGUCACUUACGUCGGAAGAUUCUUGCCGGGUCUUGGGACAAUUUCGGCUCCGCUGCGAAAGCUUACUCAACGAGACGUUAGCUUCAGCUGGGAAAAUCAGCACGAGCAGGCUUUCUUGAGGUUGAAAACGAUGAUUUCGGACGUCAAGAACUUGAGUUUUUUUGACAACUCCCUUCGUACAAGAGUCGUCGCGGAUGCAUCUCCGGUAGCACUGGGCGCUGUUUUGUUGCAAUUUGAAUCCUCAACCGACGACAGCCCAAAAUUUAUUUGCUACGCAAGCAAAAGUUUGACAUCUACCGAGCAGCGAUACUGCCAGACCGAGAAAGAGUCCUUGGCGUUGGUUUGGGCGGUCGAACGAUUUGCGCAUUAUCUCAUCGGUCGGACGUUUGAAUUAGAGACUGACCACAAACCCCUCGAAGCAAUUUUCUCACCAACAUCACGCCCAUGCUUGAGGAUCGAACGAUGGAUUCUUCGUCUACAAUCGUUCAGGUUCCGAGUUGUCUACCGGAAAGGGUCAUCUAACAUUGCUGACUCUUUGUCGAGGCUAACCGUGCAUUCCAAUGACAACGAAGAUAUCGAUCCUGAUGAGAAGUUCCUGAUUCUGACCGUGUUGGAAUCAACGGCGAUCGAUAUUAGUGAGAUUGAGGACGCGACCAUUCACGAUCAAGAGCUGACCCUCGUGAAGGAUAGCUUGCGCUCAGGAAUUUGGAAGUACCCGGAGAUCAAAGUGUACGAAACCUUCCAAAACGAACUUGGAUUGGUCGGAGAGCUCGUUGUCAGGGGCAACAAGAUGAUCGUUCCGUCAAGUUUGCGCAGGAGAUUCCUUGAACUGGGACAUGAGGGACAUCCAGGAGAAUCCGGAAUGAAGCGGAGGUUGAGAGACAGAGUAUGGUGGCCAGGAAUGGACAAGGUCAUCAAGAAAUGGAUUACUGAUUGUGAGGGCUGCCGACUAACAGGACUUCCGCAGAAACCAGAAGCGAUGCAACGAAGACCACUGCCCCUGGAAGCUUGGGUGGAUGUUGCCAUCGAUUUCCUUGGCCCGCUUCCUUCUGGGGAGUACCUCUUCGUAAUCGUUGACUACUUCAGCCGCUAUAAGGAAAUCGAAAUAAUGACCAAAAUCACAGCGAAGGAUACCGUUGAUCGACUUCGUGCCAUUUUCAAGCGGCUGGGGUUCCCGAGGACAAUCAGUCUCGACAAUGCGAAGCAGUUCUUGAGUUCGGAGUUCCGGGACUAUUGUAGGGAAUGCGGUAUAACCCUGAACUACACAACACCGUACUUCCCGCAGCAAAAUGGAGAGGUCGAAAGGCAAAACAGAUCAUUGCUGAAGCGGCUGCAGAUCAGCAACGCCUUGAAACGAGACUGGAAGCAGGACCUUGACGAGUACUUGACGAUGUACUACUCUACGCCGCAUUCCAUAACCGGAAAGACACCGUCGGAGUUGAUGCUGGGACGCACGAUUAGAACCAAACUUCCGUUCUUGAGGGAAAUUGAAACCGCUCCGCCAAACGAAGAGUUCUGUGAUCGCGAUGCUAUUGCGAAGAAACAUGCUUGUGACCGUGAGAACAUCAAGCGGAACGCGAGACCUUCGUCGAUUCAAGAAGGGGAUAAAGUGUUGAUGCAAAAUUUACUACCCGGAAACAAGCUCACGACAACCUACUCUCCGGUCGAGUAUACUGUUGUACGGAAAUCUGGUACACGUUGCACAGUACAGAGCGAGGAUAGUGGAACAACCUAUGAGCGAAACUCUUCGCAUCUGAAAAAGAUUCCAACUUCAGUGCCAGCGGAAUCUGAACCACUCCGGGAAGAUUCUCCACCAGCACCAUUGGAUACCUCACCGAAGCCUGCUGAUAUCCCUAAUAUUCCGUCAAGGCCAAAGCGAGUUUGCAAACGUCCGCUGAAGUUUGAUGAUUACGUUGAUGUUCCGCUCGAUCAAUAAAGGAAGGGAGAUGUGGUACCCUGUGCGGGUUCAGGAGUGCGCUACGUGCAGGUGCACCCUGUGGACGAGCUGUCAGUCGAGGAGUUAAGGAAAAUCAAAUAACACGUGUGCUACU